AUGUUUAUUUUGCAAGGCUUCUUCACCCUUCCAAACUUCUCGCCCUUCUCGCCCUCACCCGACUCUGAUGAACAGCCAGCAACACAAACUUACCACGAACGCAAGAUUUUUCCUUAUGGACGCAAAGAUCUAUACAAUUUAGUUGCAGAUGUUGGUUCAUAUCACAGUUUUGUGCCGUAUUGCACCGGCUCGAGAAUUUUGGAACAACGUAUGGGCCAGAAUGGUGUGGUCACGAUGGACGUGGAGUUGAUGGUCGGUUUCUUUGCAUUGAAGGAGAGCUACGUGAGCAGAGUGACGUGUCGACCGUAUGAAUCCGUCCAGGCUGAAGCAUCGACUUCGACCCCUCUCUUCAAGACGCUUCAAACAACAUGGCGUUUCCAACCAGCUUCAUCAACAUCCCCUCAUCUUUCCAGUGGUCCACCGCUCCAUGGCGAUGCUGGGAACUCCGUCGCCGUCGCCAGCCAUUCUCCUGACGCCGGGCCCACUCUUGUCACGCUCGAUAUCGCCUUCGCAUUUGAGAAUCCGUUGCAUUCUGCCCUCUCUGCCAAAUUUUUUGGGAAGGUGUCUACGCUCAUGGUACAGGCCUUUGAAGAACGUUGUCUGGCUGUGUACGGAUCUGGGACAAAGUAA